AUGUGGAGACCAGCGCCAAAAAACGUUGCUGUUAAAGAUGAUGUCAAUUGCCAGAGCUCCAACAAAUUUUUGGCGCUGCAAGAAAUUGAUAAUGAUGGAGCUAUUCAGUUGAAUGAAAAUGGUGAUGAUGUAGAGGAUGGCUUCACUAAGGAUAUGAUUGAGGAGAGUGCUACUGAGCCUAUGCUUAAAGAAGGUGAUCCUGAUGAAGGCUUAUUAGCGGUUGCAAAGGCAAGCACUCCGAAUCAAGUAGAGGAGAAAGAGCAACGUAUGAUAGAAAACAUGGAGAAUUUUGAAAAAAUCAUUGCCCAAGUUACAAAGGGCGAGGAGCCUGAUUUUAUCUCUGCUAAUAAGCAACGGAAGAUACCUAGCGCCAAUAGGAAUCCGAGAGUACGUCGCUAG